AUGGCCAAAUUAGAAAAAGAAACAACAAAUCCAACAACAUUUAAUAUAGAAACAACUCCAGAAAAAAAUUUGGAACAAAAUUCUUCCCAAGAAUCCUCCUCAAAAGAAUCAACUCCCGCCACUACCCCCCAAGAUUCUGAUAAAUUUUAUGGAAUAAUUAAAAGGAAGUGGUCUAGAAAUAUUGAAAAUAAAUUGGUAGAACAUGUGGGGAAUUCUACUGUACAUCCUUUAGCUCAAAAAGUUGCUAAAAGAGUUGCUAGUCAUGCUAAAGGGUUGAAGUUGUUGGCGGAAAUUGUUACCAAAAUUGACAAGGGCCAGACAUUUCCAGCAAGUUGUGGCUGCGCGCCGUUUUGUGCUGUACCUCCAUUUAGGAACAAGAGAGAAGAGAGAUACUCUACUGUUUCUUCACUUUCAAGCAAUGAAAUAAACGAUGCUGAAUAUGCAACGAUUAAAGUAUUAGCAGCGGACACUCUAGCUUUUAUUACUUCCGGAAUUGAAGCAAUCAUUGAAGAUGAUGUAACUCAACGGUUUGAAGCAGCACAGUUACCAACUUGGAAUUUUUUGUCGAGGAGUAGGGGUGGAUUGAGUGUUCGGUGGUAUUCCUAUUGUAUCUGGGCUAUUGGAGCAUUUAUUCGUUAUGGCUUGCUUUUUCCUUUUCGCUUAUCAAUUUUUAUUUCUGCCAGUUUUCUAAUGGGAACACUUCCAGCACUUGUUGGCUAUAUUCCUAAUGAAAGCCUCCGUUCAUGUUUCUAUCAACUAUCAAUGUUAAUGUGUAUGAGAAUGUGUAUGCGUGCAUUUUCUACAAUUAUUACUUUCCAUGGGGAAGAAAAUAAGCCUAAAAAUGGAAUUUCUGUUGCAAAUCAUACUUCUCCUAUUGAUGUUAUGAUUCUCUCAACCGAUAAUUGUUAUGCAAUGGUGGGACAAAGACAUGAUGGUUUCCUUGGGUUAAUCGAAAAAGCCUUGGAUAGAGGAGCUCAUCAUAUUUGGUUUGAAAGGGCUGAGAGUAAAGAUAGGCAUGCUGUUGCUAAAAAGUUACAAGAACAUGUAAAAGACCCAUCAAAAAUGCCUAUUUUAAUAUUCCCUGAGGGGACAUGUAUUAACAACACUUCUGUUAUGUUAUUCAAAAAAGGGUCUUUUGAAGUGUCUUCUGUGGUUCAUCCUAUAGCUUUGAAAUAUGACAGCCGUCUAGGGGAUCCUUUCUGGAAUAGUCACCGUCAAGGCUAUUUAUCCUAUUUACUUGGUAUGAUGACUUCUUGGGCCCUAAUUUGUGAUGUUUGGUAUUUACCUCCAAUGCAUCGUUUGGAAGGAGAAACAUCCAUAUCCUUCGCUAGAAGAUGUCAAAGAACAAUAGCCCAAAAAGGGGGUUUAGUAGAUUUGGGUUGGGAUGGAAAUUUAAAAAGAACAAAAGUCCCGGAACGUUUGAGAGAUGAACAAAAAGAAUUAUUUUAUCAAUAUUUGGUACAGACAACCCCUAUAUGUGAAUGUGGAAGGGCUAGUAAUGAACAAAUUGAAAGUAUUCAAAGGGGGAUACACCCUGAAGUUUUCAAUAAUAACGAACAAAAAACAAAUAAUUAA